AUGGACGAAAACAUUCGUAAGUUUCUUCUCGAUCUAAAAGCUCUCACCGAAACUAGGAAAGAAAUGCAAGAGAAAGGACUGUUGACUCCAUUCCAACUUCAACAUAAACUUUCUAUGGAGGAGCACAUGAAAAACGAAAUCCAGAACUGUAUGAGAAGAGCUCAGGUGAAAAUUGAUGAGAAGAAGAAAGAAGAAGAGAAAAUGAUUGGACAGAUUACGUACAGAUUGGAGAGAAAAAUAAGAGAAAUGGAUAAAUUGAAGGAGGAAGAAGAAUAUAGACAACAAGUUGAGGAACGGUAUGAAGCUAGAAUGAAAAAGGAAAGGGAAGCAAUGGAGAUGCAGAGUUUGGCUGAAAAUUGGUCAAAAGAAGAGAGUGGACACAAGGAAAAAGGCGCAAUUUCCGAGAAAAAAGAAACCACUAGCAGCAAGAACAAAAAGAAUGGUAAGAAGAACAAAAAAGGAAAAAGUGAGGAGAGCGGAUCAUCCGGAAGUGAAGAAGUAAAUGAGCUGAAUAUAGAAGAACUUUCUCUCUGA